AUGAGCACUGAAUAUCAAGAUCUGUCGGAUGGCCAAGGUAGCCCAGCCCCGAGCAAUGCUGGCUCGACGGGUACUUCGGGUAUCACGGUGCGCAAUGGUCCACAAGGCCAACCACUGAGUUUUAGAAGACAACGUGCAUCACGCGCGUGUGAGACCUGCCAUGCUCGAAAGGUACGCUGUGAUGCAGCUAGUCUAGGAGUGCCGUGCACCAAUUGUGUUGCUUUCUCGAUCGAAUGCAAGAUCCCCUCACCGAAACGGAAGAAGACCAAUCAGAGCAAGACCAAAGAAGACAGUCGUUACGGAGACAGUCCGCCUCAAUCCGCCUCCUCCCUCGUCGACGCUGCGGUCGCGCACUUCCGACCGACCGACCCCGAGAAUCCAGACCCGCGCUCCGGUUCGAUCUCUGCCCCCAAGGAACCCGAACGAGGCUCUAAGCCGGAGGAGAAGAACAAUGCUUUUGGAUAUCGGAACAACCGCAUGGGCGUGGAGGGCAUGCCCACCACAGCCCUCUCCGAGGCCGAGGCUGCGCAAGAGGCUUCGGCCAAUAACGCGUAUGCGCAGUUCAUGAAGCCAAAGUUCGCUCGUGCUCCGAUCAAAGAGGCUGGCCGGGUGGCUUACUUGGGCGAGUCAUCUAACCUGUCGCUUUUGGUACAAGAUCGCCAUGGGACCACAGAUGUCGUGCAUUACCCGCUCCCACCGAACGUCAGAGGGUCCCGUGCGCGUCUGACCGACUUGGACAACUUGGAGAUUGACAUUUUGCACCAGCGAGGUGCAUUUUUGCUCCCACCUAAACAGCUGUGCGAUGAGUUGGUUGAGGCGUACUUCAAAUGGGUGGCUCCGGUGGUACCCAUCAUCAACAAGAGUCGAUUCAUGCGUCACUACCGUGACCCCAAGAACCCACCCUCGCUGUUGUUGUUACAGGCGAUCCUGCUGGCAGGAUCAAGAGUCUGUACCAACCAGCAGCUUAUGGAUGCGAACGGCUCAACGACUCCCGCUGCCAUGACCUUCUACAAGCGCGCCAAGGCGCUUUAUGAUGCUAACUAUGAAGAUGAUCGUGUCACCAUUGUGCAAGCACUUGUGCUUUUGGGUUGGUACUGGGAGGGACCUGAAGAUGUAACGAAGAAUGUGUUCUAUUGGACGCGAGUUGCAAUGGUUGUCGCCCAAGGCUCUGGAAUGCACCGCAGUGUCGAGAUGUCUCAGCUCAAUAAACCAGAUAAGAGACUCUGGAAGAGAAUCUGGUGGACUUUGUUCACUCGUGAUCGUUCCGUGGCCGUCGCGUUGGGACGGCCCAUCGGAAUCAACACAGACGAUUCGGAUGUAGAGAUGGUAACCGAGGACGACUUUAUCGAGGACGAACUCGACAGUCCUGCUGAGUACCCCGCCGACCCAGUCCACGUUCAAUUCUUCUUGCAAUAUGUUAAGCUCUGUGAGAUCAUGGGUUUGGUCCUGUCACAGCAAUACUCCGUGGCUUCCAAGUCCCGGCGCAUGAACGCCAUGGAUCUCACCCAUUCUGAUAUGGCACUGGCGGAUUGGUUGCAAAACUGCCCCAAGGAAGUAUGCUGGCAACGAUCGCGGCAUCACUUCUGGGCGGCUCUCUUACAUUCGAACUACUACACAACGCUCUGUCUGCUACACAGAGCCCAUAUGCCACCCGCGUCGUCCGCACCCAACAAUUACCGAGUUGAGGAAAUGGCUUACCCUUCACGCACAAUUGCCUUCCAGGCUGCUGGUAUGAUCACAUCUAUUGUUGAGAACCUUCAGGCACAUGGUGAGAUCCGGUAUACCCCGGCAUUCAUCGUGUACAGCUUGUUCUCUGCACUGAUCAUGCACGUAUAUCAAAUGCGUUCAUCGGUUCCUUCUAUCGUGGCUACAUGCCAGGAAAGAAUCAACGUGUGUAUGUUGGCCCUCAAGGACGUAUCAAAGGUUUGGCUGGUUGCCAAGAUGGUGAACACCCUUUUCGAGUCUAUCCUCGGGAACAAGGUGUUGGAAGAGCGACUUCAGAAGGCCGCUGGUCGGAGACACCAGCGUGCCUCUCGACACGGCGAGACCGCGCCUAAGAAGCCCGAACCUCCGAAGCGCAAAUUCGAUGACAUGGAUCUCGGCAUGCCAAAUGGCGGCGGCCCUACGCCGCCUGUAUCAUACGAGCGCUCCCGACCUCAGACCCCUGCCGUCACACCCUCGCGGGAGUUGAACCAACCUUCACUUGGUGGGCAACAGUCCCCCCACCCACACCGCGCUCCCCACGACCCAAUGACCGGAACUGGAAACUCGCGUGCCAACACCCGACCCACAACACCCUUCAAUGGUCAAUUCUCCCUCCCCGCCACUCCCCCGGACUUCUUCCUCGUUACUCGUACCUCCCCCAAUCUCUCUCCCUCUCUCUGGGAAAACUUCCAGCCCGACCAGCUGUUCCCAGAUGGCACAGCUUUCUUCCCCGAGCUGACCUCGCCUCAACCGCCAUCGACAUCUGUUGAUCCAAAUAUGCAAAUUCCACCUCAAAUGCCUGGCAUGCCGCCCCGCCCUCCAGUGUUGAACAAUCAGCCUGUACACGGCCGCAGCAUGUCUGUUUCACAAGGCAGUCCGCCCAUGAUGUCUGGCAUCCCCGGCGCCAUGGGCAUGCCCCCUCAUCCACCACAGAUGUUCAUGGAGGGCCAGCAACAACAGCAACACCCAUGGCCUCCCAUGCAAGGUCUUGAUGGGACGAUGAGCGGGGCUGCGAUGGAUGCUACCAGCCAAGAUAAUGAUAAUUGGAGUAGUAGCUCUCGCAGUGGGCCUACUGCGCCGACUACGCUGAACGUUGAAGACUGGUUCCAGUUCUUCGGUAUUAAUGGUGGCUUUGGCGACUUGGCUGCUUGA